CCUUCAUUGAAGUUUACCUUGUCAGUCGCCAGACUCACUACACGCACCCACUUGCCAGACGGCGCACCACUCAUCUCCAGUACUCAGGUAGUGUGUGUGUGUGUGUGUAUCAACGUGUAGCAGUGCGAUGUUGACAUGGCACUUCACCUGCAUGGUUCUGGCUCUCUGCGGGAGUCUCCUGUCACCCACCCACACAUCACCCACUUCCCUAGGGCUCACAGUGAAGGCCAGGAGCCACCCAGGCACCUUAAGUGAGGACAACAAUCACAGGAAUGGCAAUUUACAGCCCAGGAUGAUUGUGGACACCUCCUUGAGAGCCAGCCUACAACCCCGUGACAUGAAAGUGCCCCACCAGCCCCUUCAUUUCAUGCCAGUCCUCACAUCUUUACUCAUGCCAAACACUACAAACAUCACAUCACCAAAAUUUAAACCAGCAGUGCCUGUUAGACUUUCUACAGAGAUGCCCAUUUUGGCAGGCACGACACAAACGACCAUCAGUUCCAAGAUGUCAACGACAAUGACUUCUGACAACCAGGAUUUCGGUGUUAAUGAGCAUGUGUAUUACAUUUUUGUGGAGCCUCCCUUCCGGAAGUGCCCCCAAAUGUGUGAAGUGAGGCUGCCCAAAACUGGAAAAUGCGUAAUGAACGUUGUGUGUCAACCGGCACAGCUUAAGGUGUAGUCCAUCAGGUAGUAAACUAUACCCACACUAAGUUCAGGAAUACUGUAGUUGACUAUGAGUAAAUUACACUUUGAAAUUGUUAAUAUUAUAAUGCACUGUAAUUACUGUCAAUUACGGCUCCGAGAAAUUAAUGAGUGUGAGUGUUCUUCAGCAUAAUAACUUCAACUGUCUAAGCAAAAGCUGGCAAAGAAAAAUUAUUAUUUGCUUUCAUCUAAUACUUAUGUAAUGAAGUACUCAUCAGUACAUAUACCAUGACCUCAAAGGUACUGUACCUAUAUUUUAUUUAUAAUAAAAGCUUCCAUAAUACAUGA